AUGAUCAUGUUGAGAGAUAUUGAACAUGGAUUUCUUCAAUGUCCUUCUCAUGUAUCUCUAGGUCAUACAGAUCUUAUGACAAUCAGUUAUUUGAUUAGUGGAAAUACCAGCAGAAUAGCACGUCCUUCUAUCAAGUUUCGUUUUAGCCCAACAAUAACAUCAUCAUGUAUUGAUCAACAAGGAUUAUUAACUCAAAAUAAUCCUAAAACGAAUGAAUUAUUAAAUGUAGAACAAUUACAAUUAAAACAUUUAUCGAAUGUAACUAUUCAUACAUAA